AUUUGGAACUGCGAAGUUCAGUCAGAGUACAGAGAGCCCCGAGGAGAAUGUUACGUCUCUACGGCUUCAUUCUAUUUUAUUAUUCCCUCCAAGCAGUGCGAUUUGCCAGAGCUUUUCGACAUCCCGUGGAAGUGAUCUCCGCCGAGGGGAGGGACGUCAUUCUACCCAUCAAUGAGACAGGAGUGAGUGAAAUCUAUUGGAUCUUUGAUAAAACUCACAUUGGCACAACGAGGGCCGAAGGGCGGAUCGAAGUAAAGAAUAACAAGUUCAGGGGGCGACUGCAUUGCGUGGAUGGGGUGUCCCUGAAAAUUUCCAAUGUCACCAGGAAAGACCAAGGAACCUACACGGCCAAUGUCCUAGAAGUACACCCGCAAUUUCACCUCAAAGUCUAUCCCGUCUUGUUGGAUAAUGACAUAAAUAUUCAUGCCAACUUGACCAACAACGAGACCUGCAGCCUGGCCCUGACCUGCCUAACCAAUGCUUCAAACGUCACCAUUUUCUGGCGUUACCCAAACACCAGUGACUUAUAUAUAAGUGAUCGAACGGUUCACAUAUCCAACGUUUACCCGAACAUCACCUGCAAAUGUACCGCCAAAAACCCCGUCAGCAACGUCUCCAGAACUGUCACCCCCGGGCAGUACUGUCACCAAGAAGGAGACACCAGUCGUCUACAAAUCGAUGAAUGUCCACCAUGGGGGAUUGUACUUCCCAUCAUUGCCUUCAUGAUUAUUAUUAUCAUUAUAUUUUUACUCUACAAGAAGCGGAAAAGCAAAAAUAUAGGUACAGAGAAGGACACGGAAGUCAGUACGAUCUGUGAUAAGGUGCCCUUGGCUGAACCCAGUCUGAGACAAAAACAAUUGGCCGUCUACACACAGCUGCAACAUGUGAUACAACUGCAAGGGAAAUAUGCGUUGGGUUCUGGUUCCUGUGGAGAAAUGAAGCACGUGAUCAGCCAGGAAUCAGGAGACGUUCUUCUACAAGUGGACAAGCCCGGGGUGAUCGAAAUUUCUUGGGUCUUCUUGAACACCCUCAUUGCCAUGACCAGGCCCCAUGAACCUGUGGAGGUGAAGUCCCGUCAGUUCAAAAACCGGCUCUACAAUGGAACAAACGGAUCGCUGAACAUCACAAAGCUGACCAAGGAAAACCAAGGAGAGUUUGUGGCCAACCUACGAUCGGGUGAAGAAGAGUGCAAUCAGAACUUUCACCUCACCGUAUACAGUAAACUAUCUGAUGGCGACAUCAACAUUCAUCACAACGUCACACGCAGCGGAACCUGCAAUGUGACUUUAACAUGCGCCAUUGAUAAAAAAGACGUGUCGAUCUCUUGGAAGGAUUCCAUGACCAAUACUGUGAUAAGGACGUCAACGAUACAGGUUGCCGACCCGUACACCAACUCCAGCUGGACCUGUACGGUCUCACAUCCAGUUGCCAGCGUCUCCAGAACCGUCAUACCGCUGGACUUCUGUCAGAAUGAAAGCAAAUGGGUAAUCGUACUCUUUGCUGUUUUCACUUGUCUCUCCCUACUUGCAAUCAUUACAUUAAUUUGCUGGAAGAAACACAAUUACAUUUGUACGAGGAUGAAAUGGAAGAGGGAGAAUAAAUUAGCCUCUACAAGUGAUGACCCCCAGCAAACUGAACAUGUUUAUUGGGAUAUUGAUCAUUCAAAGGCCUGCAGUAAAACAGAGGCUACCGCAAGGACAAGUAACCCAAAGAUUGAUCCUGUAUAUAUGACAUCGUUACGCCUAUCUGGGAAAUCAGCCUAUAAAAGAGGCGAUUUGCUUCAAGGCGAUGAUAGCGUUCAAAUGUAUUGUGACUGGAAGACCACCCAAGAAUGAAGAGCUGCGCAUUAUUCUACGUCAUGCUAAAUGGAAAGUAACAUGAAAGGUACAUUCCGGUCACAGAUGAAAAUGCAGCUUUGAGAUGCGCAGAAGGAGCACAACCCCAUCUGUUUGCUACUUUCUUUAUUUCUCCACUCC